CAGCCGUGCAGCUGGGCGACAAAAGGAACUCGGGAACGGCCCGGAUGGAUAAACUCUCAGUAGGUGCGAGUUUGGCGGCCCUGUGAACUGGGCGGUGUGUCAGUCCAAAUAAGUAAAGAUUCUGGCUGCUAAAAUGUGAAAGUCACGUUGGCUGAAUUCUUUGGAAUGGAUCGAAAUAAAAGAAAUUCAAUAGCAGGUUUACCAUCAAGACAUGAGCGACUGGAAGAUUUUGAAGGCAGCAGAGAAGGUGGUGGCAUUGGUCAAUCAACAACAGUGUUUCCUUCAUCAUACAGAGCCCUAAGUAGUGCUGUUUCCAGACUUACUAGGCUUGAUGACUUUAUCUGUGAAAAAAUUGGAUCUGGAUUUUUUUCUGAAGUCUACAAGGUGCGCCACAGAACAUCAGGGCAAGUAAUGGCACUGAAGAUGAACAAAAUGAUCAGUAAUAGAGCAAAUAUGCUGCGGGAAGUGCAAUUAAUGAAUCGCCUUUCUCACCCCAACAUUCUCAGGUUUAUGGGUGUUUGUGUUCAUGAAGGCCAACUGCAUGCAUUAACUGAGUAUAUUAAUAGAGGGAACCUUGAACAGUUGUUGGACAGCAGUGAUCAUCUUUCCUGGCCUGUUCGGAUCAAGAUAGCGCAUGACCUUGCCUCUGGACUCAGCUACCUGCACUCAAAGGGUGUCUUUCAUCGGGAUCUGACUUCUAAGAACUGCUUAAUUAAAGUGGAAGAUGAUAGAUACACUGGAGUGCUGGGUGACUUUGGUCUGGCAGAGAAAAUCCCUGACAAUGUGAGUGCAGAAAAGCUGUCAGUGGUUGGAUCACCUUUUUGGAUGGCUCCAGAAGUGCUACAUAAUGAGCCUUAUAAUGAAAAGGUAUGUGUUAAUUCUGACUUGAGUAGUAGUUUGAUCAAAGACCUUGGGGAAAAUUAA